GGUGGUGAUUGCAACUUGUCAUCAUCUAGGACUGAUAAAAAAUCAUAGUCAGGAAGCCGGUAAACUGGAAAAGGCAUAUAAUUAUUAUUCUUCUGAAGAAAAUAAUGAUGAUCAUGAAGGGCAGAAUGAAAAUGGGGUAGAACAUGAGUUAUCAGAUUUUUCAUCCAAACAAUCAGAUCAAAUAAUAAAUGCUGAUGAAAUAGAAGGAGAUGAAGAAAAUGAAGAUAAUGAAAAUGUUGGCAAUGAAUAUCUUGAUGACCUUGAUAAUGGUGAUGGAAACAUAAAGAAGAGUCUUCUUAGGCUAACUGAUUCAAAUCAAACAGAGAUAAAUGUUGCAUAUAAAUCAAUGAAAAAAGAAAAUAUUUGGAAUAGAAAGGAACUUGAGGAAAUAUCUGCUAUACCUUGUCCAGCUGUAACAACAUUAUCAAAUGAUACUAUGAACUAUCUAUCUAAAUUCAUUGAUAAAAAAUCAAUAAAAGAAUUCUGUGGAGUUCUUAAUGAAUUUGAUGAGAGAUUUGGUGCAUCUUAUGAUAGAGAAAAGCAUCAUGAUAUUGAUUAUAUCAGAAUGGCUUUAUAUUCAUUCCCAACUCCUCCUUCAACUCCAUUGCAGUCAGAAUAUGAUUUUACGGAUUCUGAAGAGGAUCCAAAGUCAGAAUUAGAUUCUGAUUAUCAACCACCAAACCCUG